AUGCCGUUUGUGUGGAUGAAAUUAGUUUUGUUGAAUUUAUUUGGAUUUUGGAAUACAGAUGAGAUAGUUGAAAUUCAUGUAAAAAAAGUGACAGGUAAACGUUCCAGUUCACCAAAUUGUACACUCUUACCAUAUGAAGUAGCCAAUGUAUAUGAGUGUAUCCAGCAAUGUUUACAGAUGAACGGCUGUAUCAGUUUUAAUUAUGGUCCUAAUUUAAUCAACACUGUUAAUUGUCAAUUAGUGAGAUGUUUUUCACACCCAAAACAAGACUUUACUGUAGAUAGUGCAUGGGACUGGCGAUAUUUGUCACAUUAA